CAUAAAGAUAACAUACUUCCUGUAUUGUUACUUCGAAUAAGCGUCUGCAAAGUUGUCGAGUAGGCACAUUUCUAAAACUGUUAGCAAAGUAUUUGAUUACUAAAGUUUAUUACAUUUAUAUAUUCAUAGCAUGUAGUGACUAAUCAAUAUGAUAAAUGUAGUCUUAUUUAAAAGAUUGCUAUCAUCUAUAAUACCUACCUAACCUAUGACGUGCGCUCGAGUGAUGUGUAAGUGGAAUACACGUGCAGUGAUAGAAAUAUUUCGUUUCUUUACUUUUUUUGUUAUCUCAGUGAGAGUUCCACAAUGGCAUCAUGGCCGCGUGGUCUCCGCAGAAACGUCCUCUUGCUGGCUUUCGCAUUAUGGACUAUUUUGGUGCUGACGUUGAACAGGCGCUUGUCCAGGGUCACCAGCUUAGCGUUGCUUCCGCCGCCGCCACCUGAGCGGGACCUGACGCACUUUAUCAGGAGUCGGAGUUUGGAGUACUAUUUGGAUAACAUUGAGCUACUCAUCGAACCAUCAUUAGAGCCAUGUUUAGAAGACAUUCCUGUGAUAGUGCUGGCAGCCAGCGCCCCCACCAGAUGGAGUCACCGGGAGGCUAUCAGACGAACCUGGGGUAAACGGAUUCCUACUUACUUCCUUAUGGGGCUGGAUGGUCCGCAGAUAAAUGAGGAAUUGACAAACAACUACAUAGAAGCAAAAGAGUACAGAGACUUAAUUGUUUAUGACUUCUUGGAGCACUACCAGAAUCUGACUUUGAAAACGGCCCUGAUGUUGCAGUGGACCUCGCAGAGGUGUCCUGAAGCCAGGUUUCUGUAUAAAACUGACGAUGACGUGGUGAUCAAUCCUUGGAGGCUGAAGGAGGUUUUGAUUGACAAUGCUCAUACUGAAUUGGCUGGCUACAUGGUGAACAAAUCAAGUGUACACCGUGACGAGUAUAAUAAGUGGUACCUACCACGGUGGCUCCAAUGGGAAGAUAUUGUGCCGAGGUACCUUACUGGUCCGGGGUAUCUCAUACAUGGUGACCACAUAUCAAAGCUCUUAGAAGGCGCCUACAAAGUACCCUUAUACAAUUUAGAAGACGUUUACUUUACGUAUUCAGUCGCCAACGUUACUCUCCGGUACAACUUGACUCAUGACAGUAGGCUGUGUCCCUUCAAACCAUGGGUUUCAUGGUUUGGGUGCGCCUAUUUCAGGCAAGCAAGUAUUCAUAGUUUAACUGCUAAUGAAAUUGUUAAAAUUUAUUGGAAAGUUGAGGAUAUUGGUAAAAUUUAUGAGUAUGAUAAAAACGUUUGUGGAUUCUAUGAACGAUACCUGGAUAGGUUUGUUUUUUGGUAUUGAAUUUUUAAUUAAAUUAUGGAUGGCAAACCAAUAACAAAACAAAAGGGGGAAAUGAAGCGAAAGAUAUAAAGGGAAGGAAAAAAGAUGAUAACGGAAAGAUUAUAUUGAAUGAGCUCUAUUUUAGCCCAGUUGAUCUUAAAUGAGACGCGUCGUGGAAUGAGACGUCUAAGCCGAAUAAGAAGAAUAUGAGAAAGAUUUUCAAAAAGAAACAAUCAGGGAGAUAAAGAUAGCGUUCAUUGUGCAAAGUGAUUAGAACUAUGAGCCCGUUGUCUUAUUUUUAUUGCUUUUACUUAACGGGUAAGACGAAGGGUCGAUAAGACGAAGAGAGAAGAUCAAAAUUCGUUGGAAGUUCUUUACUCAAAGAAUAAAAUAUAUGAGUGACCUAUAUUGGACCAAGGCUAGAAUAAAGGGGUCCAAAAUACUGGCAGAUUUACAGGAAUUAAAAUUAUAAGCAUUUGUUGUGAGUACGAAUUGGUACAAUAUAUUUUGUAAGAUCUUUGUAAAAUCAUUUGGCAAGCAAAUAAAGAUGAAUAUGGAUAUAAAUGUGAGUACCGGUGUUACGUAUAACUUUAUAUAAGAAGGGCCCAAGUCUGCAAAUUUUAAAUCAUCUGAGUUCUGUGUCGAAAGAGUGCCAAUGGCAGGAUUUUGUACGUUUGGUAUUCUCAUCGAGUAUAUAACCACAAAUAGGGACGAAUUAAGGGCCAUCCAUCCCUGGCAAGUCAUCA